UUAAAGCAGCUGCAGCGGGACAAGAAUUAGUCACUCCGCUGCUUUAGUCCAGGUUUCGAUAUCAUUGUCAAUAAGUAUAUUUAUAUUUCAUUGUCUAAACGAGACAACAGAAAUCUACAUGUCACUAUGUGGCUUGUUUCAUCUGUCCGCGAAGAAGAGAAGCUUUACGCAAAACUGGAAUAAUCUGUGAACCGUUUUACGCACAAUGUUUUGAUCUGCGUAAAAGGGAGGAAGGUGGAUUUCUGGAUGUUUUGUUUUCCUCAGUGUGACUUCAGACUGGAAUCCGAUUGCUUGACACCCUGGGAUACACUUUUAUUGAAAAUAAGGAUAAUUUAAUGCAGGAGGAGUUUGGUUAUAAAAGGAAAACUUUGUUCAUAUCUAAGUUUGCUGAGCUGGAUCCGGACCUGCAGAGUUUCCAUUUAGCUCCCCUCUUUGGAAACUAAUCAGGACGCGUGGUGAAUCCUUUCGCCCAUGUCUCAGCAGAGCACUUUGCCCCGCACUGGCUGCUCCGCGGUGCCGCGGCGGGCAAUUAUGGACAACAGCCCCGUCCUGAGGAGACGAACCGGAGCCGCCCCACAUCUGCUCCAGUUGGCGGUCCUCCUCGCCUGCAGCUCCCAGCUUCGGAUGGUGGAGGCAAACUCAUGGUGGUCUCUAGGUCUGACCCCAAUCCAGCGACCUGAGAUGUACAUCAUUGGCGCUCAGCCUCUCUGCAGUCAGCUCUCUGGCCUUUCGCAGAGUCAGAGGAAGCUGUGCCAGCUGUACCAAGAUCAUAUGAGCUUCAUCGGGGAUGGAGCGAGAACAGGAAUCAAAGAGUGCCAGUACCAGUUCAGGCAGAGGAGGUGGAACUGCAGCACUGUGGACAACACAUCUGUGUUUGGGCGGGUCAUGCACAUUGGCUCAAGGGAGACAGCAUUUACCUACGCCAUCAGUGCCGCCGGUGUCGUCAACGCCAUCAGCCGGGCAUGCCGCGAGGGCGAGCUCUCCACCUGCGGCUGCAGCCGUGCCGCCCGGCCCCGAGAACUGCCACGUGACUGGCUGUGGGGAGGCUGCGGCGACAACGUGCAUUACGGCUACAGGUUCGCCAGGGAAUUUGUCGAUGCCAAGGAACGGGAGAAGAAUUACCCACGCGGGUCAAAAGAGAACGCACGAAUCCUCAUGAACCUGCACAACAACGAAGCUGGGAGGCUGGCGGUCUACAACCAAGCCCAUGUUGCCUGUAAGUGUCAUGGAGUCUCCGGUUCCUGCAGUUUGAAAACCUGUUGGCUUCAGCUGGCAGAUUUCAGACGAGUCGGAGAAUUUCUAAAAGAGAAAUACGACAGUGCUGCAGCCAUGCAGAUCGGACGCAAGGGAAAGCUAGAGCUCAAAGACAAGCGCUUCAACAACCCAACACCUGAGGACAUGGUCUACAUUGACACAAGCCCCGACUACUGCCUCCGAAACGAGACCACGGGCUCGCUAGGAACGCAUGGGCGUUACUGCAACAAAACCUCAGAGGGCAUGGAUGGCUGCGAGCUGAUGUGCUGCGGCAGAGGGUACGACCAGUUCAAGACCUACAAGCACGAGCGCUGCCACUGCAAAUUCCACUGGUGCUGCUACGUCAAAUGCAAGCGUUGCACGACGCUCGUGGACCAGUUUGUAUGCAAAUAACAUGCGGGGGAGCUCUGGCCUAAAGAAGGGAGAAAAUGUUGGAGAUUGAUGAUGUCCUUUUUAAUAUAAAGAGCUGAUUGAUGGACUGGUGUAUUAAAAAAAAAGAUGUCCAUUAUCCUGACAACACUCCUGAUUGGAAGGAUGAAAGAACAAAAGAGCACAAACGAUGCACAAGUGAGGAAGAAAGGAGUCGGGGAAAAAAAAGGACCAAGCUUGAAGCCUUGCAGUGGGACACAGACCUGUGAGCUGAAGAGAUUAAAUAAAUAUAUAAGUAAAUGAAAAAUAAAUCUACAACUUAUACAUUUUAAUUUAAAGAGACUUCAAUUUGUUUCUAACUUUAAAGCAGCCUGACUCCUCUCUUUGCCCGCUGCUUUCUAAAUGCAAGAGCACUGCUAACAUCACCAUAGGCACUCCCAUCUUCACAGCAGGAGCAAAGAAACGGCCUAAAAUACAGCCAUCGGGAAGAGAACAAUUCAACGUCAUAGAAAUUAACCUUUGGUGCCUUGUUAAAGUAUUCACACCCAAUCAAAUUAAGAUGGAAGUAGUCAAAUUUAUGAGACAAACAGAAAGUAGAGCAUAACUAUGCAUUGAAAAGAUGGUUUCAAUAUUUUUGCUGCAAUAUUUGGUACAAGGAGUUUUGGAUAUGUGGAUUUGAUACUGCUGUUAUAUGUAUAUGUUAUAUGUAUUCAAGAAUGUCCACUAGAGGGUGUGGAUCCACCAGCCUUGAACAUUUGGAGACAGAAAAACAUUUUCUUUUCAAUCAGACUGGAUGAAGAAUAUUUGAAACAUUAAUUUUAAAGUAUCCAAAUAAUUUUUUAAGAUACAGUUUGAUCUAAUCCUUGAUUUAGUCUUUGCUGUUUACAUAGUUCUUUUUUUUUUAUCUAAACCGCUCCAUUUUAUCUCUUUGUUUAUCUUUAGGGUUGUUGUCUUUGGAGGUGAAUGCACAGACCAGUCUGAAGUCUUCU